AAACAAACAAAGCAUUCUCUUCACAUCAAAACAAAGAACACAGGAAUCAAAACGAAGUCAACGGCGGCUACGAAGAGCAGGGAAGACCAGCGAAGAUGAGUGGCACAAGUUACUUCAUGGACGGGUUGGCUCCAUUCAGAAGGUAUCUUAGUCAAUCCGUGCUGCCGCAGAACAAGGUGAUUCGGAAUGAAGACGUUGGCGAUGAUGGUGGUGGUGGUGGUGAUGAUGUUGCGUACGAUGGGGUCUCGGACUGGGGCAUUGACUCUAACGACUUCAGAUCGAUGAGCUCUCCGACUCUGGUCAAUGACUAUGCGCAUGGUCAAGUUGAUAUUCAUGGCGAUACGCCUCGGUUGGAAGAGGAUGUGAACUUUUGGGGAAUGAGCCCUGCGAAGGUUAGACACGUUCAAAUACAAGAUGUGCGGAGUGGGCCGGUACGACACUGGUCUGCGAGCGAGCUCUGUAAAGAAUUGAAGAGACGAAACGAGGACCUGGAGUUACAAUUUGAGGAUUUCAUAGAGGAGUACAGAUAUCUACUUGUGACGAGUGAACUUUUAGAUGAAGCUCUGAUGGUUUCCAAGUUUUCAAAGAAGAAGAAGUCAGCAGCCUCUUUCCAUUCGCCCAAUGGGAAGCAGGUAUUCUAUACAAAACACGGUGAAGUUGUUCGUUAUGACUCCAAGUAUUCAAUAUCGCCACAUUUCAAUGAACUGACUGUGCUGGACUCUGCAAUUCAAUUGAACAGAUUGAAGAGCCGAUCAGCACAGCUCCAUUCGCCUCAAGAUGUGAAGACAACACUGAUCAGAUCACUGUCCAGUACACACCUAUACCUUCGCUCCAAGUCGAUCAUAACAGAUUUGUGGCAUGUAUCUACGCUUUCAAAGCUGAAGGCAAUAAUCCAAGGAUUCCAAAAAUUCGAUACACUCGUUGCUAAAUUGAUAACAAAGUUUAAGGAAUUGAGCAUAUACACAGACCUAGUACCGCACACAAAACAUUCUGACGAUAUGGAUCCAAACAUUGUGUUUGCCAUGGUGAAUAGUGUCUUAACACUCUCACUCCAACGCUGUACCACUUCUUCAAAAGAGCUACUCGCUUCUGUUAAUGGAUUGGAGUUACAAAACUACUGUGAUAUUUAUAACGUUCAAACUACAGAUUUGGUCUCAGUAUUUGACCCAGAGACGCCUUCUUUCACAAUCGACUUUAUUGUUAACAAGUUGUACAAAUUGAGAUCUCUGAGACGCUUUUUCAUCUGUUCUCUAUUGGCGUUUGACUUUGGGUCGGAACGUGGAGAAGCGUUGAUAAACGUUGAGUUUAUGAGACAGCUAACUUCGCUUUUCAAAAUUGAUUCCAAUGUAAAGUUGACAAUUUCAUCCAGGUGGGGUGUACUUUUAAAGACAUUAGAUGAUCAAAAUAGCUUAAUUGUCAUGUUAACUUCAUCGAUGAAGGAUUUCAUCCAACAACAUGACAUCUCACUAAGCUCUUUACCCAUGGAUUUGCGUGGUCUUGACAGUUCCACAAAACUCGAUCCAACGCUCGAAUUAUCCAAACAUAUUAAAGAUUUACAACUGAAACUGUUAGCGGUGGAUAGAAAUGCAGCUUCAGAAGUUCAAUUGGAAAGUUACAGAAAGUUACAAAUAACUAUAGAUUCAAUUGUACAGCAGUACCACAAGGACUUGAACAAAUUGGAAAACUCAUCGAAUCGCAGACCCUUCCACUUGACUAAACAACGGGUUACUUCCACGACGAGAAAGAGAUUCUCGCUGCCUCUACAACACGUACAAUCGUCACCAUCACAACAGGGAAAUCCAUCCAAGAGUGCAUCGUCAAGUCCAAAGCAUUAUAAGAGGAUGAGUUCAGGGCUAGGGCUAUCAUUACUAACAGUUACUGAAAGCACCGAAUCGUCUUCAUUUUACCAAGACGACUAUGUUAAGAACUUUUUAUCGACAAAUGAUAGUGUUGUGAUUUCUUCCAACACUGAUGAUACGACUUUUGAAACCAUGGAUGAUCAGAUGCUGAAGGAACAACUCGAGAAGAACUUUUCCAUGAUGACAUCGACAAAUUCAGUAUCAGUUGAGGAGAAUGGUGAAGAGCUUCAUGUAAAGGACAGCGAGAUGAGUAAGAACGAUGUGAAAGUCGACUCCGAAGUGGCACACUCGUUGUUUGAAGAGAUGAAAACAGCACUUUCAAAAAGAGAGGACCAGGAAUUCUAA